UUCUUUGGUCACUAUACAGAAAUCUCGUGAAACUAAAUUGAGUGGCUUUCGGUAAGCUUCUUUGAUAAUGGGUGAUUUCGGGACAGAAGAGAUGGAGAAUCAUAUUGAUGCACAGCCGCAGGAGAACGUGGAACAAGUGCCAGUAGCUGCGAAACGUCCUCCGCAACAUCGAGUUUUUGUUAAUCGAAGCCUACACCUGGAGAAAAUACGUUUUGUCGGAUUCGACAUGGAUUACACGUUAGCAGUUUAUAAAUCGCCUGAAUACGAGACCCUCGUAUUUGAGAUGGUGAAGAAGCGACUGGUUGACAUGGGCUAUCCGAAAGGUAUUCACGACUUCGAGUAUGAUCCGUCAUUUCCCAUAAGAGGGUUAUGGUACGAUUUCCGGUAUGGGAAUCUUCUGAAAGUGGACGCUUACGGGAACAUUCUCACCUGUGUGCACGGAUUCCGUUUUCUGAAAAUCAAUGAAAUCCGGGCGCUGUAUCCCAACAAGUUCCUCCAACUGGACGAAUCCCGCGUCCAUGUGCUCAACACACUUUUCGACGUACCUGUCACAUACAUCAUCGCGUGUGUCGUGGAAUAUUUCUCGUCGCCCGUUCGUUGUCCCGAGGCAGUUGCGACGCCAACAGGAAUCAAACUCGCGGGCUGCUACAUGUCCUUUCAGUCUAUUUUCGGCGAUGUCCGCGCAGCUGUUGAUUACGUCCAUGUGUAUCAACUGAAACCUGCGACUGUUGCACAAUUGGACGCCUUUGUAGAACGUGAUCCGAAUCUCCCGAUUCUGUUGUCUCGAUUGAGAGCUUCGGGAAAGCGAUUGUUUCUCUUGACGAACUCUGAUUUUGCCUACACAAACACUAUCAUGGAAUACAUUUUGGGCGAUGGGGAGGACCACAGGAAAGAGGGUAGAGAAGGUUGUUGGUGGGCUACGAAAUACUUCGAUUAUGUGGUAUGUGAUGCCAACAAGCCAAAGUUCUUUCGAGAGGGCACUUUGCUGAGGGCUGUUGAUCCCGUGACUCACGAGCUGAGUUUGGGUGUUCCUUUGAAUCUGCAGAAAUCUACCACUGACAUGUAUGUGAAGCACAAAGAAAGCUCUGGUUCAAGGAAGUGUAAUGGGGAGGACGGUACGACGAGUGACACUCCGGUGAUGCAGACAGCUAUUUAUGCUGGGGGUUCUUGUGACGUGUUGACUGAGUUGAUGGGUGCGAAGGGCAAAGACGUUUUGUACGUGGGUGACCACAUUUACGGAGAUAUUCUAAAAUCCAAGAAAUUGCGAGGCUGGCGCACUUUUCUCGUGGUUCCUGAAUUGACUCAGGAGUUGCUGGUUUGGACACAAAAGGAAACGCUCUUCACACAACUUCAAGGCUUGGACGCACGAAUGAGCGACAUGUACAAAAAUCUUGACUCCAGUGCAGAAACGAGGUCACGCGAGCAACGAGAUAUGGAAGAAUUGCGUGACUCGCGUCGCAAAGUCACGCAUGACAUGGAGAUGAGUUACGGUCUGCUCGGUUCUCUUUUUAGGUCAGGAAGUCGGCCAACGUUUUUCGCAUCCCAGGUGAUGCGGUAUGCGGACCUGUAUGCAGCUGCCUUCUUCAAUUUGGUGAACUAUCCACUCUUCUACAUGUUCAAUGCCCCGCCGGUUCUCAUGGCGCACGAGUCUACAGUGACGCAUUCUCAAAUCAUGCCCGAAGUGGCGCCAGCUCUGUCGAGAACGAGACAUAACGCUGUGGCGCCCACUGGCAAUGGGGACAAUUACGUGCUCCAAGAAGGUUGUGAUGGAAACGGAGUCGCCCCGGAGCCGGCGGUGCCAUCUGUGACAGACUCUUUGAAUCCCGAAGCGGAGAAACAGAGGCCGCCUUGUGUUCGAGCCAGCAGUAUGGCCGUGCCUGAAAUGCCAGAUCCGCAAGCGUUUCUUCAUGACGACGACGAAGACGACGAUUCUGAUGAUGUUCCGAAUAUCUCCGAUUCUUCACAUCACGAAGACUCUCCAGCUCGAAUAAUUUGAAGACCUCGAAAUUCUUGCAAAUUAUUCUGAAGUCAAAAUUUUGUUGACAAAUCUCUUCGCCGUCGAGUCUCAUAAAACUUGGCAAUGUUUUCUUCUUUGUGUUACCCGUAGUUUUGGUUUUGUGAUGUGUGAACUUUUGUUCUCGUAUUUUAAUCGUACUCAAUCCGUACUGUAACUUUACUGUGUUUCUGGUAAUGUUAUCGUAAGUGACUGACCUUGGAGUUAAUAAUGGACUGUAUUAGUACUUGGCCGGAUUCAGACAUUGUGAAUAAUCGUAUAUUACAGUAUUCUAAUUUUAAGUGGUAGUACAGUGUACUUCUGGCUUUACAUCCUCCUUACGUCUAUUCUUCCCGGUUGCUAUCACAAAUGUCAUUCAAAUGUUUUCAUCCUUAUUCAACUUCAUUUACUCUGAUGUUCGCUUAUCGCUUACACUAGGUGAGCUAGGCGUCGAAUUGCGUUUUAAAGGUGUACAGUUACCUCAUGAGUCGGUGUUCGAGUUACUUAUGCGUGGUUUUGCUGUUUAGGUUUGAUCUGGUCUAGUGUUGGAUUUAUAAUUUUUUUUCUUCAAUUGUGGUCAGGUGCGACAUUGAUGGUUUGCUGUGAAGGGUCAUUCGUGUACUCUAACACUCAGUUGAGCAUUCAGGUCAGUCGAAUACUUUAACAGUACCAUAGGAUUCUUGAAUAUAUGUUGCUCACGUGUCUGUGCAACACAGCAUCUUCUUCGAAUCGAAUUGUGAAUCUAGAAUGCAAUAGGAAUCAAGAAGAUGACGAUCUUUCGUUAUCGUCUGUUGAACGGAGAGUACAAAUCGUUGAUCUUUCUCUUCGUAAGGAUGUCAAUUAGCGGAAGUGGAGCGUAGGUUCGGGUUAUCUUCCUACUUGAUCCAAAAUUAGCUUCCUUGAUCAAAAUCUUCCUGCAAGAAAAGCUGAAGAUUCUCAUGGAACGAAGUUCGGCAUUGAGAAACCCGUCCGCUUGGAUUAUUUUAUUCAUCGAUUUGAAAUUUUUUUGGAAUAUCGCUGAGACUAUCAGAGAAAAUUAUCGUAUGUAAACGAUGCUCCGUAUUCUGCCUUCAUUCUAUAGCUUGACAUUGUUGAGAAGACGAGUUUCUGCUUGUGUAGGUGACCAAAGAUUUAGUUUUUUGCUGGUCACGUUUCAUAGAUCUCCUGUAUUGUGUCAAAUGGUUUUGAAGCCUGCAUUGAACCGGCGGGAAGGUGCAUGGGAUUAAAAAUUGUUCAUCCUGGUUUUCAAGAAGCUUAUAUAUACUAAGCUUUGCAUUCCCUAACAUUGUUGCGUUAAUGAGUGCAGAUGUAUUGCUGGAUGGUACAUGGGUUGAAAUGGGUCGAUUCCAAUCGUCGCUGCCUUAUUUGGGAAUUCCGUUACGUUGUGGUGUAGCCUGUUAUUCUCAUUUGUGCCAUGCCUGGUGCACUAGUCUGGUGUAGUCAAAUGCUGCUUUCAUUAAGGAGUUCAUGUGAUCGUUGCUGUUGGCCGUUCAUCAUGAACGCAUUGAUUGUGCUUGGUUUCGAAAUUGAAAUGCUGUAAUGUCGGAUUGUAAUCAUUAAAAAAACUUUUAUUCGCAA